ACAGCAAAUAAUAAUAACGGUUAAAUACUGUCGUGUGUGUGUGUGUGUGUGAGUGCGUAAAAGAGGCGGUUGGUCGCGCCGCCUCCUAAAACGUCGGCACCGACGCCAGGGCUGGCGCACAGCACAGCAACACAAGUCUAACGGCAGCUACGCCAGUCGCCAGUCGCCGCUUUGCAUUCUAGGCGCUCGGCUCUGUUCCACUCCCAUUCAUUCGAAUAUUCAUUCAGUGUGUGAGUGUUGAUGAGGUUAGUUGUGAAAGCCCAUUGUGUCGCGUCAAAUGCUGAAAGUGCAGUGCGUAACCAAGUCAAAGAACAACUGAAAAAGUGACGAAAAAAGGAAAAGAAAAAAGAAAAAAUAAAGAGCAGAAGCUGAAGAAAAUACGGCUGAAAAGGAUUCCCAAAAGUUUUGCCUGCGAGUCGCGCUGCUGGCGCUCGUCGACGACAAUUUCUGUUGCAUACUUCUUGGCUGGUCGCGAAAAUCUCUGCGAACAUGUUGUUUUCGAAGCGCAUACGUGGAGGCAACAGCGAGAGAAGUAGUCGCUGCAAUUUUCGUGCAACGCCGCCGCAAGCCAAGGCCAAACAGUCGCAGCAAUGGCAACACUAAUCCCAGCGACAGGAUGCAACACAGCGAGCGCACAGUCCUCAAAUGUUGAGGCCACAUAUGAAGAUAUGUUCAAAGAAAUCACACGUAAACUAUACGGCGAGGAGACCGGCAACGGUUUGCAUACGCUCGGUACGCCGGUGGCUCAGGUGGCCACCAGUGGACCCACAGCGGUGCCCGAGGGCGAGCAGCGCUCGUUUACGAAUUUGCAACAAAUUGAUCGCACCGCCGCGCCCAGCAUUGAGUACGAAGCAACUGGUGCUGCGGGCGGCGGCAGCGGCAACAACGUGGCCACAACCCAGGCCAAUGUUAUCCAACAACAACAGCAGCAGCAGCAGCAAUCAGAGUCGGGUAACUCUGUGGUGGUCAGCGCCAGCGGCAGCGGCGCCUCAGUGGUGCCGGCGCCCAGCGUCGCAGCCGUGGGCAGCUUCAAGUCCGAGGAUCAUUUGAGCACAGCUUUCGGUCUGGCUGCCCUGAUGCAGAAUGGUUUUGCCGCCGGACAGGCGGGCCUGCUCAAGGCCGGCGAGCAGCAGCAGCGCUGGGCGCAGGAGACGGGCGCAGCGGAGCAACAGCAGCCGCAGCUGGUGCAGUGGACAACGGGCGGUAAGCUGCAGAGCUAUGCGCAAGUGAGUCAGCAGCAGCAGCAACAGCAGCAGCAGCAGCAACAACAGCAACAGCAACAACAGCAGCAGCAACAACAACAGCAGCAGCAACAACAGCAUCAGAGCACGCCCAAGUCCAAGAAACAUCGUCAGGAGCACUCGGCGGAGCUGAUCUAUGCCAGUCCCUCCACAUCGGCCAAUGCGGCCCAGAACCUGGCCCAAUCCACGCCCACCUCAGCGCCCACCAAUUCGAGCAGCAGCAGCGGCGGCGGCAGCAGCUCUGGCUCUGGCGGCGGCAGUCGCAGCAAGAAGUCCUCCCAGGCCCAGGCAGCCGCCGCUGCUGCCGCAGCGAAUGGGGUGCACAUCGUGAAGCGCUAUGCGUGCACCCAUUGCCCCUACUCGACGGAUCGCCGGGAUCUGUACACACGCCACGAGAACAUCCACAAGGACGAGAAGCCCUUUCAGUGCUAUGCCUGCCUCAAGCAGUUCAAUCGCGCCGAUCACGUCAAGAAGCAUUUUCUGCGCAUGCAUCGCGAGCUGCAGUACGACAUCAAUAAGACGCGCCGGCAUGUGCCCGCCGGAAGUGGGGGUGGCGGCAGUGGCUCCGGCGUCGGCUCACACCAUGCGGGCGGCCGUGGCAACGUGACGAUCAAUGCGACGGGCGUGAACAUUGAUAAUGCCUUCCUGGAGGCACAGCGACAUCCCACCUCGACCAGCAUGAGCAUUGCGGAAACCAUCGAAGCGGUGGCCUCCGCUGCGGACAUGCCGCUCGCCCAGCUGAAGCAGGAGAAGCUGGACGAUGGCUCAGUGCUGCCGCUGCAUGUGGCCGCCGUGAUGAACAGCGCCCAGCAGCCGGUGGCCAGCUCCAGUUCGGGCUCGGGCAGCAGCAGUGCCGCCGGCUCCGGCCUGCUGAAGCCGAAGCGCGAGAAACGCUUCACCUGCUGCUACUGUCCCUGGUCGGGCGCCGACAAGUGGGGCCUCAAGCGUCACCUCAACACCCACACAAAGCCCUUCGUUUGCCUGCUCUGCGAUUAUAAGGCGGCGCGCUCCGAGCGCCUGGCCACCCACGUGCUCAAGGUGCACAACAAGCGGGCGUGCAGCAAGUGCUCCUACCUGGCCGACACCCAGGAGGAAUACCAAAUUCACAUGAGUGAUGUGCAUCCGCACGAUAAUCGUCCAGCGCGCAGCAGCAGCAGCAACAACAGCGGCAGCAACAACAAUAACAACGGCGGCAACAACAGCAACAACAAUGGCAGCAACAAUGCAACGCAUAGCCAAAACUUGAAUGUCUUGCGUACGAUUGGCAACACGCUCGUGGCCAACAAUCAGCUGAACACGUUUCACAAUGCCGGCAAUGCUUUUGGCACGUCGAGCGGCGGCGGCCAAACCGUUGGCAAUGUGAGCGGCAGCGGCGCCGUUACCAUCUACACCACCACCACCAAUGAGGGCGUGUCUGGAGGCGGCGGCGGCGGUGGCGGUGGCGGCAGCAGCGGCAACAUCACCGGCGGCCCCCUGCAGGAGAUCAUCGUGAAUCCCACCUCGAUGGUGGGCUGGCGUCUCAGUGCCAAUGGCUCCCUGAUACCGCCGCAUGAUCUGCUCACCGGCAGCCUGCCGAAUGCAGCGACACAGAAACGCGGCUCGGAGCGUUUAUUUCAAUACCUCGAAGCCGAGGGCAGCGAUCCGGAGGACUAUGCGCGUCUGCUAAAAAUGGACGCAAUUAGUCGCAAUACAGCUUCGGUCGCUCAGGAUUUUCAUAAAGCGGGAGGCGUGCACGAGUUGAAAAUACCAGCAAAUCAUCAACUCCUGUUCAAUAAUAAACUGCCUUCGCAAUGGACGACACGAGAGGCUGCAGCGCUAUUGCACAGCCUGAGCAGCAUGGGCGGCCAUCACAGCAGCAACAGUAACAGCGGCAGCAACAUCAACAACAACAACAGCAGCAGCAACGGCGGCAACAGCAACAGCAGCCACAGCAACAUUGGCCAGCGUCAAAAGUUUGGCGCUAUGCGUGCCAGGCAACACUCGACGGGCGAGGAUGAUGAGAAUACACCGUCAUCGGCAUCCUCCUCCUCGUACUCGGGCGACGAGUACAACAUGUCGGGCGCUAGUUCACCCAUGAAAAUGUCGCGUCAUGCCAACAGCAAUGGCAAAAGCUUGCGCUCGUCGAGCGAGCACGAGCAUGAGAGCGAGCUGAAGGAGCAGAGCAACAACAACAACAACAACAAGGCGCUGAUGGCAUCGGCAUUUCUGGAAGCGGCAGCCUACGAGCAGACGGCCAUUGAGCUGCUCGCCAGCAAGCGAAAGCUCAAAAUUGAGUAUGACGAAGAUCAAGAGAACCAGCAGCAACAACAACUGCAGCUACAGCAACAGCAACAGCAGCAGCAGCAGCAGCGAGUGCAGCUUAUUAAAUCGUCUCCCGCGUAUAAACUUAACAAUAACAACAACAACCACAAUAAUAACAACAACAACAGUCACAGCUAUUACAAAGAGAAAUCUCACAGAAAUGCCGUGCAUCAUUGUCCUCAGGAUGACAAGGAGAACAACACCAGCAGGUCUGAGGCAACGGCUGCAGCAGCGGCAGCAGCAGCCAUGGCAACAGCAACAGCUGCUGCAGCUGCUGCUGCCGCUGUUGGCACUGCAGCAGUGGCUGCAGUAACAUCAACACCCAACAGCAACAACAACAACAGCAACAACACACCCUUUCUCACCCAAAUGGAAUAUCAGAAUCUCAAUCGCAUUGGCACACAGUUUCAGAAUUAUGUUAAAGACAUUAUAAACAAAUACUAUGCAGCUGAGACGCCUUUGAUGCUGGCCGCCGCCGCAGCAGCGCUGCCGACAGCAACUACGACGGGCCAGCAGCAGUUGUCGCCCGGCAAGCGGCGACGUCUGAUGAGCGAGACCGAGGAGUAUAUUGAGUAUCUGCGCAACAAGGAGGACAUUACACUGACCAUAACACCCAAGGUGCCUACCGGCAGCAGCAACAGCAACAGCAGCAGCGCUGCGCCGCCAAAGUUAACAGUGGCGCCGGCAUCGCAGCCCCAGUCGCUGCUCAAGCGUCAACUAGAUCUGGCAGCACCGCGUAAAAGCCCCAAGAAGCCGGCUGUUAGUCAACAUACUCUUAACAGCAACAGCAGCAGCUGCAACAGCAACAUCAAUAACAGCCCCAAUAACAGCAGCGCUACUAGCGCCUCGCGCAAGUCCUUGAAUCACUUGGCAACGCUAUUGCCUCUGUUGGCCGAUGCUGCCAGCAAGCAGGAGUAUUUAACAGCACCGUUAGACUUCAGCAAAAAGUCCGAUGCAGAGACGGCGCGCAGUUCGCGUAAACAGGCGCAGCCAAAGAAAAUACGCCUCUCUCCGGAGGCGGUGGUUGCCAUGCUGCGCGACAAACAUCUCAAUAAGCUGGUGCACCAGAGAUUGGGCUGCGCCAGCUGCACGGCCAGUCGACGGCGCAAUGGCGGCGGCGGCAUCAGUUUCAACUAUCAUACGCUUGGCUCUCUGGCGCUGCAUCGGUUUUGGAAGCAUCGUGCUCUGAAGGUUGCGUCGCGCAGCUGUCGGCAGUGCAGUGCACAGUUUGAGCGGCGCUACAGCUUGCAGUUACAUCGUCGCCUGAAGCAUGCCAAACUGUAAAAACUUGCGCUCGCUCUCCCGCACUCCCUCUCUUUUUAUUUAGUUUAGAGCGAACUGAUUUCUCAUUAAUCUUAGCAAAUGUUUUGCUUGCCAUAUACAUUUCAUAUGCAUUAGGCAUUAACAUUGAAAAUUUAUUAAAGAACAAAUUUGCAUUUAUUUGUUAAAUUUUAAGUUGUGAUGUACCUGAAAUAUGAUUUCUCUUAAAAAAAAAAAAAAAACAUAAAAAACACAAAAAAAAAAGAUAACACUGUAGAAAGUUUCCCUAAAUUUCGAUCAAUUUCACAUUAUAUUAAUUGUACAAUUGAGGUUAUGUAAAAGACAUACACACACAUACACACUCACAAAACAAACUCACAUUGUAGUGUUUAAACAAAAGGCAAAAAGACAACAACAAGUACACUAAUAUAUUAUAUUAUAAUAAUGAAACACUUAAUAGAAUUUAGGAAGAUAUCCGAUGAGCAUUUGUCAAAUAUCUUCAAUUUUGUUGCAAGAAAGAAAACAAAAAUCAUUUGUGAAGUGAAAUAGCUUUAAUUUGCCAUUUAAAGAAAACGAAAAAAACAACAAGAAACUUCAUAUUUUAGUUACUUAAUACGAGUAUAAUUUUUGCCAUGUUAUUUACUAGAUGUUUAAGUUCUAUUAUUCGCUAAACACACACACACACAUACAUACAUAUAUACACACACAUAUACAUAUAAAUACAUGUAUUUAAUUUAUACGAAAUAUGGAAUGCAAAACCUCAAUGCCUUAUUUCUUUAUUAUUUUUAAAUUAAGCUUUAACAUAAUGAACAUUUAUUUAGUUUGUAGCUUUAGUUCAGUUGCUUGAGCAACAGCCACGCCCACGAAAUGCCCACAAAAAAUACAGCAAGCAUUCAGUUAAUAGAAUUUAAUGCUUAUGGAUAAAGAAACAAAACAUAAACUAUAUGAUUAUGAUUAUGAUUAUUAUUAUUAAACGUGUAGUUGUACUUAUGAUUUUAUCAACAACAACAACAAAAACAAAUACAAAAUACUCAAAGAAAAUACAAUAUAUAUAUAUAUAUAUAUAGUAUAUAUAUACAUAUAUGGAAUAACUUUUUACCACACACUGAACAAGAAGGAAAUAUUUGACUGAAAUGUGUCGGGGAAAAUAUUAAGAGAAGAUGAAGAAGACGAAGAAGUAGCAGCAGAAGUUACAAAUAAAAUAACAAAUAAACAAUGCUAUAAACAAUUUCUAGUGUAAAAUGUGUGUUUUUGCUAAAUGUGGUAAACU